UCUCUCUUGCCGCGGAGUUCAUGCGGCACAAGAAGGCUGUCGUCCGUGGCAUUGCACACCCGCUGCUGUUCCCAAAGAAGACGAAGACGUGGUCGGAGGGACACGACUUCUUCGACUUCCUCAACCUGUGGGGCGGCGUGCCCAUGACCUACAAGUACAUAUACGAGUUGCUGGCAGCUGGGGAGUUGGUGCUCCUCUACCCAGGUGGUUACAGGGAGGCAAUCCACUGCAAGGGUGAAGAGCACAGGAUUUUCUGGCCAGACCAGACUGAAUUUGUUAGGAUGGCAGCUCAGUUGAAUGCCACAAUCGUGCCGUUUGGAGUCGUCGGAGAGGAUGACCUCUUGAACGUAGGCCAUCACCUGUUAUUUCCGGAUUAAGUUCUGCCUUGCUUAAUUUGCGAGUAAACACAUUCUGCGGUCUUUUUAGGGGCUAUUUCACACUAGAAUCGAAUAGAUGAAACAUCCAUACUUCCAUAGCCAAGAUUUAACAGCCCUCAAACUGCCAGAGAUCCAAAAUUGUAAACACAUGCAUUGCAUAGCAACUAAUCAGCAUUUCCCUUAGUUCAUAGACUCGUACUCACAUAUAUACAUUCAAAAAUCCGCAGCUUCAGUCUCCCACUUGCACUAGAGUCAAUAAUCUAGUUCACAUCGCUAUGUGAUUUAACACCAAUAGUUUAUAUCAUCAUGUGAUUAACACCCA